GAUACACAUUCAGAGAGAGUGAGAGAGAGAGAGAGAGAGGGAGAGAGAACUCUCUGCUUCUUCCUCAUCUUGUGCACAUGAAUACCAGUGAAUUAGGGCCUGUUUGGAAGAGAAAAACAGGAGGGAUGACCAAUACUACAACUCUCUUGAUCCCCUCAGAAACUGCAGUGAAGGACAAGAACAAGAACAAGAACAAGAGCAAGAAGAAGAGAGAGAAAGCAGAAAGAUCAUAUGGGCUUGUGUCAUUUCAGGAAUUGCCAGAAUACAUGAAGGACAAUGAGUUUAUAUUGAAUUACUAUAGAGCUGAAUGGCCUCUCAAAGAAACUCUCUUCAGUAUUUUUCGUUGGCAUAAUGAGACCCUUAAUGUCUGGACGCACUUAAUUGGGUUUAUUCUGUUCUUGGGAUUGACGUUUGCUAAUUUGAUGCAUGUGCCCCAACUGGCAGAUUUCAUUACAAUAUUCACAAGGCAUUUUCCCACAAGUACAGAGGCAAAUUUCUCUCACAAUUCCAAGGAAUUUUUGCUGAGACCAACAAAACUCAUUGACCUGAAGCAAGAACUGCCAUUUCCUAUGGACAUUACACCACCAGAGGUGGCUGCAACACAGUGGCCAUUCUUCAUCUUCUUAGGAGGCUCAAUGUUCUGCCUCCUCUCAAGCAGCAUUUGCCACCUCUUCUCCUGCCACUCCCACCACCUAAAUCUUUUACUCCUCCAAAUGGACUAUGUUGGCAUAGCAGUCAUGAUAAUCACCUCUUUCUUCCCCCCAAUUUUCUACAUAUUCCAAUGUGACCCCCACUGGCAAUUCAUCUACCUUGGUGGAAUCACAGUCAUGGGCAUUUGCACCAUCAUCACACUCCUAUCCCCCGGGCUCUCGACCGGGAAAUUCCGGUCCUUUCGGGCCUUGCUGUUCGUGUCAAUGGGACUGUUUGGGCUCGUUCCUGCAAUUCAUGCUCUCGUGGUUAAUUGGGGUGAGCCUCAGCGCAAUGUCACGCUUGCUUAUGAAUCGGCCAUGGCAGUGUCGUACUUGGUCGGGGCGAUGUUUUAUGUUGGCCGGAUUCCGGAGAGGUGGAAGCCUGGUUGGUUUGAUCUUGCAGGGCACAGUCAUCAAAUAUUUCAUGUUUUUGUGAUCAUGGGUGCAUUGGCACACUAUGGUGCUGCACUUGUGUUUCUGGAGUACCGUGGCAGAAUUGGAUGUGACAGAAAUAUUUGAGGAUGUUACUUAAAUGCUUAUUAAGCAUACGAGACAACGAGUUUAAACAGGAUCCAUAGUAUAAAUGCGUCUCAUGAUGAGUGAUUUAUUGAAUCGAAUUAAGAAAAAGUGUACCGGGAGAGAUGGGAUUUGGGUGUAUAAUUACCCAUACAGAUGGGUUAUUCAUUAUUUAUUUAUUGUAUAAGACUAGAAUACUUUGAAAUGUAGCUAUUUGUGAUGAGAUGAUUAUUAGUGGAUUAAAUAUAUAAGUAAUUCAGAAAAUGUAUUCA